UCCCCACACCUCCCGGAGCCAUGGCCAAGAGUGGAGGCAAGGGGGCCAGCCUGCGCGACAAGCUGGACGGCAACGAGCUGGACCUGAGCCUCGGCGACCUCACCGAGGUGCCGGUCAAGGAGCUGGCUGCUCUCCCAAAGGCCACAGUACUGGAUCUGUCCUGCAACAAACUGACUUCGUUACCGUCUGAUUUUUGUGGAUUAACACACCUGGUGAAACUGGACUUGAGUAAAAAUCGCCUGCAGCAGCUGCCUGCUGACUUUGGCCGUCUGGUCAACCUACAACACCUGGACCUCCUCAACAAUAGGCUUGUCACCCUGCCUGUCAGCUUUGCUCAGCUUAAGAACCUGAAAUGGCUGGAUCUGAAGGAUAACCCUCUAGAUCCUGUCCUGGCCAAAGUAGCUGGUGAUUGCUUGGAUGAGAAGCAGUGUAAGCAGAGCGCUAUCAGAGUACUGCAGCACAUGAAAGUUGUUCAGGCUGAUCAAGAGCGAGAGAAACAAAGGCGGCUGGAGGUUGAGCGAGAAAUAGAGAAAAAGCGUGAGGCCAAGCAGCGGGCCAAGGAAGCCCAAGAACGAGAAGUGAGAAAGAAGGAAAAAGCAGAGGAGAAGGAACGUCGGAGAAAAGAAUAUGAUGCUGUCAAAGCAGCUAAUAAGAAGGAACAAGAGAAAAAACCCAAGAAGGAGACACAUCAGCCUGCAAAGGCCAAGUCUGGUUCCCGUUCUAUGAAGUCUCGCCCUCAAAAGCAUUCCUGGUCCUGGGCUUUCUUAAAGCUACUGCUGAUGGUGCUCCUCAGUGCCACAGGAGUUUUAGUUGCCUGUCAGGUGACAGAUCUACAGUGGCAGCCUUUCUGCAUCAAUGUGAACACCAUCUAUGAGAAUGUCAUCCAUGGGCUUCGUAGCCAUGAAAUCCUGCAGCGAGUCUUACAGCCAAAUUCUCAGCAAUAAGUGUGUUAUCAGCAUUGGCUGCCUCAUUGUCUGUGGAGCCAGGAUUCCUAUGGAAUUGCGUUCUGCCAGACGCUACCUUUUAUAGCAUUGGACCUACUUGUCACCACCAAAUGGCAAUCAGUUGGUAUCUGAGACACCUGUUUUUAUGUCCUAGGAGAU